CCAUUCAUUUCUACGUUCUUUCUUUCUUUCUUUUAGCCAACCAUUCACGAAUAUCUUCAACGCAACUCAAUUUUAUCAAAAUCUACUUCUUACCCAUUUCAUUUCCACUUCUGAACUUUCAUAAAAAAUGAAACUUUUUGUCACAACAACCAUUUUCACAAUUCUUGUAAUCAGUCCCCCAUUUUUUGUUUUCUCAGAACCAUGUCCAUUAGAUUUAAACUAUGUUGUACAAAUCCCAUGGCCAACAAACGAAUGUCGUCCUGAUUCUACAAACGUUGUUACCAACUACACAUCAUGUUGUCGUUCAUUACUUAGUGUUUACGGUAUCGGGUUAUCUAGACAUUUAAAAACAACAUCAUUAUUUAAUCUUCCUGAUCUUGGUACAUCAAAAAGUUGUCUAAUGGAUUUUCAAAAAAAGCUAGAUUCUUUAAAGUUACCAAAUAAUCUUGCAAACAUUUGUUUUGAUCCUAUACAGUUUGAUAUAUCGACGAUUUCGUGUGCUGGGAUAAAAAGUGUGGAUAAUUGGCAUAAAAAGUUAGGAAAUAAUUCGACGGCUCUUGAUUCGUCUUGUGGAGAUGAUUUAACUGAUCUUACUACUUGUGCUAAUUGUCUUGAUGCUGGAUUAAGAUUGCAUAGUGUGUUAAAUGGUAUUGAUGGAAAUGUAUCGCAUUCGAAUAUUUGUUUUUAUUCUGUUGUAUUGUAUGCUGCUGGAAUUGUCAAUAAAUUUGGGCCUGAAAGUGAUGGUGCUGUUAGAUGUGCGUUAGGGAUUACUAAUUUGCCAAAACAGGGGAAAAGUAAUAGGUCUAGUUUGAUAUUUGGAUUAGUUGGAGGACUUGUUGCGGUUUUUGUUAUGUCUUUUUUAGUUGGGAUGUAUUUUUGGUGGGAUAGGAAGAGAAAAAGGGGAGAAAUUGAUGAAUUGGGUAUGGAUGAUUUCGAAUCGGGUAGGGUUAGAAGGCGGCCGAAUACUGGGUCUAUUUGGUUCAAGAUUGAUGAGCUUGAAAAAGCGACUGAUAAUUUUUCGCCUAAAAAUUUUAUAGGUAGAGGGGGAUUUGGGAUUGUGUAUAAGGGUGUUUUACACGAUGGAUCGGUGGUUGCUGUUAAAAAGAUUAUAGAUUCGGAGUUUGAAGGGAAUGAGGAGUUUUGUAAUGAAGUUGAGAUUAUUAGUAAUUUGAGGCAUAGAAAUCUUGUUCCACUUAAAGGGUGUUGUAUAUAUGGAGAAGAUGAGGAUUUUGAUAGAAGAGAUGAUCAAAGGUUUCUUGUUUAUGAGUAUAUGAAGAAUGGGAAUCUUGAUGACCAUUUGUUUCCAUCGACGCCUCAAAAACCACGAUUGACUUGGCCUCAAAGGAAGGCUAUAAUUUUGGAUGUCGCGAAAGGUUUAGCUUAUUUGCACUAUGGAGUGAAACCCGCGAUUUAUCAUAGAGAUAUCAAGGCUACAAAUAUACUUCUAGACGCGGACAUGAGAGCUAGAGUUGCAGAUUUUGGUUUAGCCAAGCAAAGCAGAGAGGGUCAAUCACAUCUUACUACUAGAGUAGCCGGAACCCAUGGCUAUUUAGCACCCGAAUAUGCCCUCUAUGGUCAACUUACAGAAAAAAGUGAUGUUUAUAGUUUUGGGGUUGUAAUUUUGGAAAUUAUGUGUGGGAGAAAAGCUCUUGAUCUUUCUUGCUCUUCGCCUCGUGGCUUCUUGAUUACAGAUUGGGCUUGGUCACUAAUAAAAGAAGGGGAAAUCGGGCAGGUUUUGGAUCAUUCGUUAUUAGGACAUGGUGCAACCAAUGAGGCUAUGAACCCAAAAGGGAUCAUGGAAAGAUUUGUGCUUGUGGGAAUUUUAUGUGCUCAUGUAAUGGUGGCUUUAAGGCCUACAAUUAUGGAUGCAUUGAAGAUGUUGGAAGGGGAUAUUGAGGUGCCUGCAAUUCCUGAUAGGCCAUCCCCUCUCGGGCAUCCUACGUUCACUGGAGACGGUAGUAGUUUUAGCAUUUCGCCGGUCUUAAGCGGGCUGCAAAGACAAGCAUGCGACAUGCUUAGGUAGACAAAUCUGAGAAAUAAUUAGAAACUAGAAUCAUAUUAUGAUCUUAGUUUGUGUGAAAUUUUUGUGAGUGAUCAUUUAGUAUAUGGAGCAUGGAGGUCUAAAACCUUGUGGAUGAUGAUCAAAAUUGGUAAUUUCCAUGGAAAUUAUGUGUCAUUUAGGAGUUCGAGCAACAGUAGCUGCCAAGAUAACAAGAUUGUUUGGAUUUCUUGUUCGUUAGGACUUUAGGUAGCCAUAAGUGGCUAGAUUAUAUGGAGGCAACUCAAGACUUGUAGAUAAUACUAUGUAUAUGUUUUACUAAAUUAUAAAGUAAUUCAAUUAUUAUUCUUUUA